AGUUUACAAUAUCGCGAACCAAAUAUGCACAGAACCAUUACGAUACGACCACGUUUAUGUUGUUAAAAAUUAUGCGACCAAUUAACAAAAGCAAAUCUUACAAAACCGGUAAAAGCAUGAACUCCAACACAACACAACGCAACUCGCAGAUUAAACAAAACAUGCGUUCUUUUGUGAUAGCCGCAGUUCUAAUAAUUUAUUUAUAUUUCACUGUAUCAUUCACGCCGAUGACAAAAGAGGCUCAUGUUGAGAAGAUUAAUAAAAUGAAUGAAGAUGUGGAACCGUUUAGAAAGAAUCUUACAGAAUGCGCAAGACAAGUCAAAGCAUCUAUGGCAGAUGUCGAGAAUUUCUUAAAAAGAAUACCCCAAUCCACGUUACAAGGUAAAUGUUUCGUUGCGUGCAUCUUAAAACGUAACCGAAUUAUAGUUAACAAUAAAAUAUCAAAAGAGAACCUUCUAGAAGCAAACAGAGCCGUGUAUGGUGAGGAUAGUGAAGUUAUGAAUAGAUUGAACAAAGCAAUUGUUGAGUGUUAUGACGUUAUCGAAGGUGUGUUUGAAAUUUGUGAAUAUGCAACAUUGUUCAAUGAUUGCAUGCAUAUGAAAAUGGAGCAUAUAUUAGAUAAGGUUACAAUGGAGCGACGAAUGGAGGCGCUCGGUGACAUGACUUCCGAUCCUGAUGUUUGGUCGGAUGAGGAAGACGAAAUACUUAAAUUGGUUAAAGAUGAACUUUAAAAAGUGCAUAAAUUUGUAAAAAUAAAAGUAAUUUAAUAUUGUGCUUAGAAAAUUCUUGAAAAUGUAAUUUUACCUAAUAUAAGUAGGUAGGUAUUAAAGAAUGUAUUCGUUCGUUCGUUA